UAAAUAAUUGUUUUUUUCUCCUUUUUAGUUAUGUACAUCGUAUAAAUUUAUUACAACAUAAAUGUCUUAACAGUUCCAAGAAUUCCUUAACCAUAGCCACGUAUGACGUGGCUUGGCUUUUUCAACUCUUUCAUCCUCUGCUCGCUCUGUGUUUCUCUCUCUUACCUUGGUAUAAGUACAAACACAGAGACAGUUCACCAUAAUCUCCAUUCGCAUACUGUCUUUACUCUUUAGUCAAAUUCACACGACGCUAAACCCUUCCUCUGCCAGACACAGACGCCAUGGGACUAGCCAACAACAUAACAGCAAUUCUAAACUUCAUAGCUUUUCUGUGCUCAAUCCCCAUAAUAGCAUCAGGAAUAUGGCUAGCAUCCAAACCAGACAACGAGUGUAUCCACUACUUCCGGUGGCCAUUAGUCAUUCUUGGUGUUCUUAUCCUCCUUGUCUCUCUUGCUGGCUUUGUGGGUGCUUACUGGUAUAAAGAAACUCUCUUGGCCUUCUAUCUUUGCUGCAUGGCCAUUCUCAUUGGACUUAUCUUGAUCUUGCUGGUUUUUGCUUUUGUCGUUACACGCGCUGAUGGUGGGUAUACUGUGCCUGGUAGAGGUUAUAAAGAAUAUAGGGUUGAAGGGUUUUCUUCUUGGUUGAAAAACCAUAUUGUCGAUUCCAAGAAUUGGGUUAAGAUUAGGAACUGUUUGAGCGAAAGUGAUGUUUGUUCUAAGCUUAUCCAGAAUUAUAUCACUUCUGAUCAGUUCUUUGCUGCACAUAUCUCCCCUCUCCAGUCAGGGUGUUGUAAGCCUCCAACAGUAUGUGGCUACAAUUAUGUGAACCCAACACUCUGGUUAAACCCAGCAAACCCAACAGCGGACCCAGACUGUUAUCUGUGGAGCAAUGACCAGAGUCAGCUCUGCUACAAUUGCGAUUCUUGCAAAGCUGGUUUGUUAGGAAACCUAAGGAAAGAAUGGAGGAAAGCCAAUGUGAUUAUCAUCGUAGCAGUCGUGGUGCUUAUAUGGGUCUAUCUCAUUGCCUGCAGUGCCUUCAAGAAUGCUCAAACAGAAGACCUUUUUCGUAGGUACAAGCAGGGUUGGGUUUAAGCCUGUUGCCGAACACAACCCAGUUCCUUAAAGCUGUUGUUGGUACUAUGGUUUUUCUUUCUUUUUCUUCUCUUCGUUUCUUUAGUGUAUUUUAUUACCUGUAUCCUUUUCAUUAGUGUAUAUAUUCCUUUCCCUUUCUACUUUCUUAUCUAGAAUGCAUGGGCUGACGGUGACAAUGAAUGCUGGUUGGGAAACCAGUUUUUGAUGACCCAACUGGGUACUACUUGUGAAAAUGAUAAUGGAAUUAGAAUCUCAAUUUUCAUCUUUCCCAAGAA